AUUUGCACACAAGCAGCAGGAAUGACGACGGAAAACUGCAGCUCCUUUGUUCUUCUUCACACGGUGGCGGGGAGUUUCUGUAAGUCGGCUUGAACUGAGCUGAGCAGUGUGUGUUCUGCGAUGGAUCAGUGUGAAGACGAGGAGGGAGUCCGUCCCUCUGAAUCCAGAGAGAGUGAAGAUCAGAGGGCAAAGCAGCAGGACAGAAGAGACUCUGAAGGAUUGACACCAGAACCAGAACCAGAUCCUGACAUUGGUCCUGGACCCAAACCCAACUGUGUAUCCAUGAAAAGUGACCAAUCUAAAAUCAUAAUACCUGAUUUCAAAGAUCAAUCUCCUGCAGAACCACAGAUCCAUUGGAAAACACCUGCCUCCUCAGCACCCAGCUGUGUGUCCAUGAAGAGUGACAAAUCUAAGCUAAUGUUUGAGGAGUUUAGAGCCGAAAACCAGUCUCUUUAUGAAAGAGGUCACAAACAGAACUCAGAUGCAUUAAGUGGACAUUUGGCCCCUGGGAAUCAAGCAGGUGUGGACUCCAUAUUCAAGCUGUUGGAGGAAAAACUUUUCAUUUUUAUGAAGGAAGAGCUAAAGAAGUUCCAGAUGGUUUUGAAUGCUGAUUACCUAAAAUGUUUUGAGAGCCAGAAAGAGCUUGAAGACAUGUUGGAAAAUGAAGAUGAAGAGCAGAAGAGGAGCUGCAGGGGUUCAUUUCUGAAGAUGACAGUGGACUUCCUGAGGAUCAUGAAGGAGGAGGGGCUGGCUGACCAACUGCAGAGCAGAACUUAUGCUGCAGAAAGCAAAAGAAAUCUCCAGUCAAACCUGAAGAAGAGGUUCGAGUGUGUGUUUGAGGGGAUCGCUAAAGCAGGAAACCCAACCCUUCUGAACCAGAUCUACACAGAGAUCUACAUCACAGAGGGAGAGACUGCAGAGGUCAAUGAGGAACAUGAGGUCAGACAGAUUGAAACAGCAUCCAGGAAACCAGACAGACCACAAACAAGCAUCAGACAAGAAGACAUCUUCAAACUCCCACCUGGAAGAGAUGAACCAAUCAGAACAGUGAUGACGAAGGGAGUGGCUGGCAUUGGGAAAACUGUCUUAACACAGAAGUUCACUCUGGACUGGGCUGAAGACAAAGCCAACCAGGACAUCCAGUUCACAUUUCCACUGACUUUCAGAGAGCUGAACGUGCUGAAAGAGAAGAAGUUCAGCUUGGUGGAACUUGUUCAUCACUUCUUUACUGAAACCAAAGAAGUCUGCAGCUUUGAAGAGUUCCAGGUUGUCUUCAUCUUGGAUGGUCUGGAUGAGAGUCGACUUCCUCUGGACUUCCACAACAAUGAGACCCUGACUGAUGUUACAGAGUCCACCUCUCUGGAUGUGCUGCUGACUAACCUCAUCAGGGGGAAACUGCUUCCCUCUGCUCGCCUCUGGAUAACCACACGACCUGCAGCAGCCAAUCAGAUCCCACCUGACUGUGUUGGCAUGGUGACAGAGGUCAGAGGGUUCACUGAUCCACAGAAGGAGGAGUACUUCAGAAAGAGGUUCAGAGAUAAGAAACAGGCCAGCAGGAUCAUCUCCCACAUGAAGACAUCACGAAGCCUCCACAUCAUGUGCCACAUCCCAGUCUUCUGCUGGAUCACUGCUACAGUUCUGGAGGAUGUGCUGGAAACCAGAGAGGGAGGAGAGCUGCCCAAGACCCUGACUGAGAUGUACAUCCACUUCCUGGUGGUUGAGGCCAAAGUGAAGAAGGUCAAGUAUGAUGGAGGAGCUGAGACAGAUCCACACUGGAGUCCAGAGAGCAGGAAGAUGAUUGAGUCUCUGGGAAAACUGGCUUUUGAGCAGCUGCAGAAAGGAAACCUGACCUUCUAUGAAUCAGACCUGACAGAGUGUGGCAUCGAUAUCACAGCAGCCUCAGUUUACUCAGGAGUGUUCACACAGAUCUUCAAAGAGGAGAGAGGACUGUACCAGGAGAAGGUGUUCAGCUUCGUCCACCUGAGUGUUCAGGAGUUUCUGGCUGCUUUUCACGUCCAUCUGACCUUCAUCAGCUCUGGAAUUAAUCUGAUUGAAGAGGAGCAAACACCUAGGAAGUCUAAAGUCUUUAAAAACAAACUAAAAGUAAAACAGCUCCACCAGAGUGCUGUGGACCAGGCCUUACAGAGUCCAAAUGGACAUCUGGACUUGUUCCUCCGCUUCCUCCUGGGUCUUUCAUUGAAGACCAAUCAGAGUCUCCUGCAAGGCUUGCUGACACAGACAGGAAGUAGUUCACAGAUGAACCAGGAAACAGUCCAGUACAUCAAGACUAAGAUCAGUGAGAAUCGGUCUGCAGAGAGAAGCAUCAAUCUGUUCCACUGUCUGAAUGAACUGAAUGAUCGUUCUCUGGUGGAGGAGAUCCAACAGUUCUUGAGUUCAGGAAAUCUUACUACAGAUAAGCUGUCUCCUGCUCAGUGGUCAGCUCUGGUCUUCAUCUUACUGUCAUCAGAAGAAGAUCUGGAGGUGUUUGACCUGAAGAAAUACUCUGCUUCAGAGGAGGCUCUGCUGAGACUGCUGCCAGUGGUCAAAGCCUCCAAGAAAGCUCUGUAA